CAGCCUCCUGAGUGCUGGGAUAUUAGGCUGUGCUACUAUAGCCAUCCUUAACAGAUUCGCUUUUACAUGUAAGAAAAAUAAUGACUUUUUUCAUUGUCAUAAGCUAUGUGUUCUCUUUACGUUUGAGUCAUUACUAUGUGAUCUCAUGUCAGGAUCCCUUUUUUCCACCCCCUGAGAUUUGUCCAAGCAUUCACUGACACAUUUCUUGUGAAUUUAGUUUGUAGGGUGCUGAUAGGUACCAAAAAGAAAAGAAAAGCAUCAGAGUAAAGUGUUAGAUACCUUCUUAUAUUUUAAGUUUGGUUUAAAAAGAUUCAUUUGUGUUUGGUAUUUAAGUUUUGGAUAUUAACUGAACCUCAAAAAUUUUUUUUCCUUUAUAUGUAUUUCUGCAUGAUCGUAGGAGUCUAUCCUGAAUUUAGAUCUACAUUUUGGGAGCUUAUUUUAGAAAAGAUCUAAGUUUUAAAAAUUCUGAAUGGACAGACAGAGAAAAGAGGGUCUUUGCCAACUCCUUUGGACUGCUGCAGUCAGAAUGUCUUUCCCCCCUCACUUGAAUCGCCCUCCCAUGGGAAUCCCAGCACUUCCCCCGGGGAUCCCACCUCCACAGUUUCCAGGCUUCCCUCCGCCAGUGCCUCCUGGGACACCAAUGAUUCCUGUACCAAUGAGCAUUAUGGCUCCUGCUCCAACUGUCCUAGUACCUACUGUGUCCAUGGUUGGAAAGCAUUUGGGAGCAAGAAAGGAUCAUCCAGGCUUAAAGGCUAAAGAGAAUGAUGAGAACUGUGGUCCUACUACUACGGUUUUUGUGGGAAACAUUUCCGAGAAAGCCUCAGAUAUGCUCAUACGACAGCUCUUAGCCAAAUGUGGUUUGGUUUUGAGCUGGAAGAGAGUACAAGGUGCUUCUGGAAAACUUCAAGCUUUUGGAUUCUGUGAGUAUAAGGAGCCUGAAUCUACCCUCCGUGCACUCAGAUUAUUACAUGACCUUCAGAUUGGAGAGAAGAAGCUACUUGUGAAAGUUGAUGCCAAAACAAAGGCACAGCUGGAUGAGUGGAAAGCAAAAAAGAAAGCUUCUAACGGGAAUGCCAGGCCCGAAACCGUUGCUAAUGAUGACGAAGAAGCUUUAGAUGAAGAGACAAAAAGAAGAGACCAGAUGAUUAAAGGGGCCAUUGAAGUUCUCAUCCGAGAGUACUCCAGCGAGCUGAAUGCCCCCUCACAGGAGUCUGACUCUCAUCCCAGGAAGAAGAAGAAGGAAAAGAAGGAGGACAUUUUCCGCAGAUUUCCAGUUGCCCCACUGAUCCCUUACCCGCUCAUCGCUAAGGUUCGUUUAAACGAGGAUAUAAAUGCUAUAGAAAUGGAAGAGGACAAAAGAGACCUGAUAUCUCGAGAGAUCAGCAAAUUCAGAGACACACACAAGAAACUGGAAGAAGAGAAAGGCAAAAAGGAAAAAGAAAGACAGGAAAUUGAGAAAGAACGGAGAGAAAGAGAGAGGGAGCGUGAAAGGGAACGAGAAAGGCGAGAACGGGAACGAGAAAGGGAAAGAGAACGUGAACGAGAAAAGGAGAAGGAACGGGAGCGGGAACGAGAACGGGAUAGGGACCGUGACCGGACGAAGGAGAGAGAUCGGGACCGCGAUCGGGAGAGAGAUCGGGACCGUGAUCGAGAAAGGAGCUCAGAUCGAAAUAAGGAUCGGAGUCGAUCAAGAGAAAAGAGCAGAGACCGUGAAAGGGAACGAGAGCGAGAAAGAGAGAGAGAGCGAGAAAGGGAACGCGAAAGAGAACGUGAGCGUGAGAGAGAGCGCGAGAGGGAACGAGAGCGUGAAAGAGAGAAAGACAAGAAACGAGACCGAGAAGAGGAUGAGGAAGAUGCAUAUGAACGAAGAAAACUUGAAAGGAAGCUCCGAGAGAAAGAAGCUGCUUAUCAGGAGAGACUUAAAAAUUGGGAAAUCAGAGAACGAAAGAAAACUCGGGAAUAUGAGAAGGAGGCUGAAAGAGAAGAAGAAAGAAGGAGAGAAAUGGCUAAAGAGGCUAAACGACUGAAAGAAUUCUUGGAAGAUUAUGAUGAUGAUAGAGAUGAUCCCAAAUACUACAGGGGGAGUGCUCUUCAGAAAAGGUUGCGUGAUAGAGAAAAGGAAAUGGAAGCAGAUGAACGGGAUAGGAAGAGAGAAAAGGAAGAGCUUGAGGAAAUCAGGCAACGCCUUCUGGCAGAAGGGCACCCAGAUCCAGAUGCAGAGCUCCAGAGGAUGGAACAAGAGGCGGAGAGGCGCAGACAGCCACAAAUAAAGCAGGAGCCAGAAUCAGAGGAAGAAGAAGAAGAAAAGCAAGAAAAGGAAGAAAAACGAGAAGAACCUAUGGAAGAAGAAGAAGAGCCUGAGCAAAAGCCUUGUCUGAAACCCACUCUGCGGCCCAUCAGCUCUGCCCCAUCUGUUUCUUCUGCCAGUGGCAAUGCAACGCCCAAUACUCCUGGGGACGAGUCUCCCUGCGGUAUUAUUAUUCCUCAUGAAAACUCACCAGAUCAACAGCAGCCCGAGGAACAUAGGCCAAAAAUAGGAUUAAGUCUUAAACUGGGUGCGUCUAAUAGUCCCGGUCAGCCUAAUUCUGUGAAAAGGAAGAAGCUACCUGUAGAUAGUGUCUUUAACAAAUUCGAGGAUGAAGAUAGUGAUGAUGUGCCGCGAAAAAGGAAACUGGUUCCAUUGGAUUAUGGUGAAGAUGAUAAAAAUGCUGCCAAGGGCACUGUGAACACUGAAGAAAAGCGCAAACACAUAAAGAGUCUUAUCGAGAAAAUCCCAACAGCCAAACCUGAGCUCUUUGCUUAUCCUCUGGAUUGGUCUAUUGUGGAUUCUAUACUAAUGGAACGACGAAUUAGACCAUGGAUUAAUAAGAAAAUCAUAGAAUACAUAGGUGAAGAAGAAGCUACAUUAGUUGAUUUUGUUUGUUCAAAGGUUAUGGCGCAUAGUUCACCUCAGAGUAUUUUAGAUGAUGUUGCCAUGGUACUUGAUGAAGAAGCAGAAGUUUUUAUAGUAAAAAUGUGGAGAUUAUUGAUAUAUGAAACAGAAGCCAAGAAAAUUGGUCUUGUGAAGUAAAAAACUCUUUUUACACUUAGGGUUCCAUUUCAGAUAUCUUAUUUCUCAUCCUUUAAAGGACUUUGAAUUUUUCUUUGUCUUCAAAGACAUUUGUGAGAUCUGUAAUUUUUUUAAAUGUAGAAAAUGUGAAAUUUUUUUUGGUCCUCUUAAUUUGUCAAUGACCUAUGUACUUUCUUGGUUGUAAAGUCAUCUGAAUCUUUGGUUGUCUUUAUACUUGCCAGGUACAGAUUACUGGUAUGUUUUAUAAGCUGCAGCUACUGUACACAGCCUAUCUGAUAUAAUCUUGUUCUGCUGAUUUGUUCCUUGUAAAUAUUAAAAUGACUCCCCAAUUCUUUUGCAGAAUUUCACUUACUAUUGACUUGUACUGUAUAGGAAACAACAUGAAUGAUUUUAGUUGGAAGAGUACCAUUCAUAUCUACUAGUACUUCUUCCCCCUUGGAUCAGAAAUGGCAAGCCCUCAUGAGGCAUGGAAGCUAAAAUUAGAAUGCAAAACUUAGCAGACAAUCUGUUCCUACAGUAUGUAUCUGUAUGAAUGUGUUUGUGUGAAUGUAUGUACAAAAAGUAUUCCCUAAUUUACUUACAGAAGCAUAAAAGAAAACUGAUACUGUAUGAAUCCAAAUGUCUGGUAUAAUUAGGUUAUUAUCUACUAAACAGGGGGUUUCCUUAUUGAUAGCUGGCUGUUUCACCUUCCAUUGUACUAGAGAAUAGAUCAUGGUGACCUUCCUCUCCACAGUGCCCUGUUUUCAUUGCUCAGAAAUGAGGAAGAUGAUAAAAUUUUGGAAAGUUUAAUUUUGCGCUAGCUGGUCCUCAGUUAAAAAAAAAAAUCUUCAAACUAAGAACAUUUGGAAAGAAAUAUGGCUUGAAAUGUAGCUUAGUUGUAGAGCUCAUGCUUUGUAUGCUGGAGGCUCCCUAGGUUCAAUUGCCAGCACCAAAAAUUUAAAAAAGACAAAAUAUAAAAUUAGGCAAGUUGACAGUCUAGGAGAGUUUGACAAAACACAGUAAGAAUUUAGUAUGGCAAUUUACAAAGUUUACACCUUAUAUCCAGAGAUGAGUCAUUCGAGGCAGUUACACUACACCAACCACUAAUUUGUACCUAUUUUCAUCAAAGUUUAUACUGAUACGUUUAGAGAUAUACCUGUGGGUUUUUAAAAUUGUGGAUCAGAGUGUCAGCAGGGAGCAAAGUUUGCCUGCAAAUGUAACAAGUUUUAAACAGUUCUUAACACAAAUAAGGUGCAGUUAUUUCCAUGUCUAUUUAUUUGAAAAGAAGAUAAAGUUUGGUCUGUUAGAAAAGCAUAAUUGUGAAAUUGAGUUAACGAGAUUUUUUUACUUCUUAAGAGGACACUUCAAAACACUGUUCUUAACACCGAACCAUGGUAUGGUUCCAUUAUGUAAAUAUUUCACAUAUUAAAAAUGUAUAUAUUUGAUCUUGGGAGACUCAGAAUUCUUUCAGAGUCUUGUAAAUAAAUGGCAUCAUGUUGUAAUUCUUUAGUGCAUACUAGAAAACUUAGCUUGAAAAUAUGGGCUCAGUGUUUUAGUGGACUUGAUUUUUAUGACUUGGUGUCAGAAGGUCAAAGAGGCCACUUAUUUAUGUUGGAUGAAUCUAAUGUACAUCUUAUAAAAAUAACUAUGUAGUGUUAAAGUAUUCCAAAUUUUGGUAUGUCAAGGGAAUAUUUGAGAAUGAUGUCCCUUGCCAUUUGCACACUUGCUUACUACCCUUAGAUUUAUCCUCCCUCCAGCCUGAGACUUUUGUCCUCCUGUCUUACUUUGCCUUCCUGUCUUGGAAUACUGUGUAGUUGCUGCUUCUGCGGUAUCAUUUUAGGUUCUUUUUUUUUUUAGUCAAUAUUAGCAUGAAAGCUUGGACACAUAGAUUUAAUUUAUCUUACUGAUAUCUUCUCCAGCUCUUGCAUCUUAUUCUUAUCUUAAAGUGUCUUUCUAAAAACUAGAGAUGUCACUUACCUGAAGUCCCUACUCCCUAUAGGAGUAGAUAGAUACCCUUUUUAUUCUGCAGAACACCUCCAGUGAGGUUUAUGUGAACAAUCCAAAAUUCGUAGAUCAACAUUUCUUUACCAGAGCAGGAAUCAUUAUGGUAAGUGGAUUAAAAACCACUAAAUUAAUAGCCUAAUGCUAGUUCAAAUCAAAUUUUACCACUAAGCUUCAUACAUAAAACCUUGUUUUUGUUUCUUGUCUUUCACAGUUACAUAUAAAGAAUUGGACAUGUGUAAAGUAGCAUAUUCUAGUGUUUGGGAAAAUAGGUGUGAAAUAUUUCUGAUUCCUGGAACUUUCUUUUCCAUAAGUGUGUACGUUAAUUUCAGCUUGGAAACCUUAUGUUAUUUCAUAUUGUCAAUUGAAAUUGUUACAAAAGUACAUGAAAGUCUUAACAGUUUUGAUCAGGCAGUGAAAACACUAAAUUUUUUUUUUUUUCACUUGCCCCUAAAACUUACUUUAGGUAUAUACAUCUGUGUACAAGAGAUGAAUGGUAAGUGAAAUGUUUGAGGUAGUUUUUCUCGAACUUUAAUGUGUGCCUGAGUCACCUGGACUCUGAUUAGGUGGCUGGGCCUGUUAUUAUCCCUGGUAGUCAAGAGGCCAGCUGGUUAGCACUUUAACUACUCAGUAUUAUUUUAUCCUAACAGAAAACACAGAUGCAACUUAUUUUUCUUUUUAAGUAUAUUGUAAAGAAAACCUUACAGAGCAAGUACUAUGUACUUGAAUCUUCUUAUGGACAUCAAGAAAUCUUCCAGACCGAUGCCUGAGAACCACUCUAAUAUUCUAGGCUUUAUCUCAGCUGACCCCUGGGGAGGUUCCCUUUAGAUUUUUUUCAUAGUGCUUUCUGUAAAACUGUAAUAGUAUAUAAUGCUGUUUCAAGUAUUAAGCUUCAUUACCAGCUCUGGCAGACAAAUUGAAAAAGUUUGUGGGCUUGAGAGUCAGAUUGUACUAUGAUUUUUUUUUCUUUCAUAUGUAUGAAAGGAAAAGAAUUUAAAGCAUAAAUGUACUCUUAUUUACCCAACUCUUGCGAAUAAUUAUUAGUUCUAUGAAUGUCCCCAAUUAAUACCCUAAAAACUGAUGCAAGGUUUUAUGUCAGAAUGUUUUCAGGUUUUUCUGGGUUAUAUUUCAGCUUUCUAUUAAUAGUAUGAAGUUGAGAAAUAGCUUUGCUCAGUGAAAUGAUGGUGAAAAUGAUUGGUGAAUAUCACUGAGAAUAGUAGAAGUCUCAAACAGACCAAAAAAUAAAACCACCAGUCUGGGUGUCAAGAAGACUCAUAUUAAACCCAAGAGCUUGAAAUACUACAUUUCUAUUGUAGACCAAAGUGAGCUUACAAUUUUUUGAUAAGCUGGUUUGAUUAUUUUGGAAAUGUGAUUAUUGUAAAUUGAAAUAUUUAUGUUUGCUGAUUUGCAUUUCAUUUUAUUACUUGAGUCACAAAAACCAAAUUAGGAAUGACAGUCAAAAUGCCCAGGAAAAGGCAAUAAUUUCUAUAAACAAAAAUGAAUAAAAAUUCUUUUCAAUCUAUGUUGUUUGAAUUAAAUGACACUUUAGAGUUUGUCUAUUCUGCCACAUUACGUAUUAGAUUGACGACUUAGAUUCUCGUGAACAAAAUGGGACUGAGUUGUUAACCCAUUUACGGUGAAGGUUGCAAUUUUUUUUUAUUUUUGCAUAAAAUUCAUACAUUACCUAGAAAAAUUCAAGAAACAAGAAUUUGAUAGUCCUACCGUGAUUGAACCUGUUAAAAAUCGCUCUUACUGUUAGAUAUUUUUAUAUAUUUUCAUUCAGUGAACGUUUUACACUACAGUACGUAAGUGCCAUUUGUGUUAUAAGCUAAGUGGAGGAGACAUGAGAUUCUCUUAGUUGGUGAUCAUUUAAGAGUUCCCCCCGAAAAAAACAAGGAAUACUUAAGCAUCAGUGUCUGUGUACAAAGUGCUCUAUGAAUUACCAAGUUUGAUCAGUUGAGUUCAAAGUCCAGGGGAACCGGUGAUAUAAUUCAUUGUUACAGCGCCUGACUGGCAAGUGCGAGGUCAUGAGUUUGAUUCCUGGUACUAAAUAAAAAAGUCAAGGGGAAGGGGCCAGUAGGAACAUUUUCACAGAUGUGGUAUAUAUAGAAGGGACCUGAAAGAAUACCUGGUCCGUUCUGCCCAGUGCAGUAACUGCAAAGUUCCUGCAGAUGAUUGUCUAGAGGCCUGUAAUUGGGAUUCUGACUCAUGGCCUAACUCUGCUUUCUCAAGCAGAGCUCACUAAUGACGAACACUCAUUUCCUAAUGAAGCUUUUAAGCUCAGUUCCUGUAGCCAUGCCAGCGGUACUCUGUGUUCAGAAGUGUAUCAGAUACUCAGUCGUUGGUUGCACUGUUUGCAUGGUGUGUGCGCAGUCGCCCUAUAGCUAGUGACUGCUGGAGGAAAAAUUAGUGAACGCUUUAUAGCGUAGAGGCCAAAAACUGAAGGUUUAUUAUUUUUCUGUUGGUUUUACUGUUUUGGUAAGUGAACCCAGCGGAAGAGACGUGACUGUCGCUGUGGGUAGAAAAGUGUGGAUACUGAAAUUUUUAAAAGUAUGUUAUUGAGGUAAGUUUUUAAAUAAGGGGGUCCAAGUUCUUGUAAAGAAGAAAAUUAGAUAUAGUACAACAGUGACAAAUAGCCAAAAUCUAAGGCUAGAAAAACUGGAGGAUUAAGGAAGCAGUCUGUGAUCUUAAGCAGUCUAGGUGAAUUGAAAUGUCAGAGCUAAAAAGAUGGGAUUCGGCCAAGCAUCGAACCCUAUGAAAAUGAAUACUUAACUGUAUAUUCCUGGCAGAUCACUUUGCUCUGAAAGUGUUAAUAAAUUGCAUUACCUUGAAA